ACAUUUCAGACUCAGUGGUGUGGAGCUGUGAAGUAUAAAUGUGGCUAUUUGGAUUUUUUAAAUAUUCAGUUUCUAUUAAAUCAUGACUGACAACGAAGUCGCUAACGGGCUCUCUGAAGAGCAGCCGCAAGAGAAAACAGCUAAGCAGCUAGAGAAAGAGGCAAAAAAAGCUGCAAAAUUGGAAAAGCUCAAAGCAAAGUUGGAUAAGAAAACCGCAGUGCCAGCUGUUCAGAAAGAUAAGCCAGAGAAAAAAGUUAAAGAAACAAAAGAGAGUGCUGUGUACACUGGUAACACAGUACCAGGAGACAAGAAAGACAUCGAAGGGCCUAUGCCCGAUGCUUACAGCCCCAGAUAUGUAGAAGCUGCCUGGUAUGCAUGGUGGGAGAAGCAAGGUUUUUUCAAACCUGAAUAUGGGAGGAAAUCCAUACUAGAUCCAAAUCCCAAAGGAAAAUUCAUCAUGGUUAUCCCACCUCCAAAUGUCACUGGUAAUUUGCAUUUAGGACAUGCACUCACUAAUGCUGUGGAAGAUGCAUUGGCACGAUGGCACAGAAUGAACGGGUGCAUGACGCUCUGGAACCCUGGGUGCGAUCACGCCGGAAUCGCCACUCAGGUGGUGGUUGAGAAGAAGUUGUGGCGCGAGGAGAAGAAGACGCGUCAUGAACUGGGCCGAGAGGAGUUCAUCAAGCGAAUAUGGGACUGGAAAAAUGAGAAAGGCGUCCGGAUCUACUCGCAGCUGCGGUCGUUGGGCUCAUCGUACGACUGGUCCCGGGCCCGCUUCACCAUGGACCCGUCCAUGUGCCGCGCCGUCAACGAGGCCUUUAUAAGGCUACACGACGCUGGCGACAUCUACCGGGCUAACAGGCUCGUAAAUUGGUCUUGCACAUUGAAGAGUGCAAUUUCCGACAUUGAAGUGGACAAACUAGAGUUACCUGGUCGCACGCUUUUGUCUAUACCUGGAUAUGAACAAAAGGUCGAAUUUGGCGUACUGGUGCACUUCGCGUACAAAGUAGAAGGUUCGGACGAAGAGGUGGUGGUGGCCACUACUCGCGUGGAAACCAUGUUAGGGGAUGUAGCUGUCGCCGUGCAUCCCAACGAUGACAGGUACAAGCACCUGAUCGGCAAGACCUUGGUGCACCCUAUAGUCAAACGGAAACUGCCUGUCAUUGCCGAUGAAUACGUGGACAUUAACUUGGGAACAGGUGCUGUGAAAAUAACACCGGCUCAUGAUCCGAACGACUACGAGAUCGGCAAGCGGCACAACCUGCCCUUCAUCAAUAUCUUAGACGACGAGGGCAAGAUGCUGGACAACUGCGGACAGUUCUCGGGCAUGAAACGGUUCGACGUGCGUCGCAGCAUCAUAAAGUGUUUGGAGCAAUUGAAAUUGUACCGCGAGACCAAAGAUCAUGCGAUGGUCGUGCCUCAAUGCAGCCGGUCUAAGGACGUCGUCGAACCGAUGCUCAAACCGCAGUGGUACAUCCGCUGUGACACGAUGGCAGCGGAGGCCAUAAAAGUGGUGAAGAACGGUGAACUGAAGAUCAUACCUGACGUACAUGAGAAGAUCUGGUAUCACUGGAUGGAGAAUAUCAGGGAUUGGUGCAUUUCAAGGCAGCUGUGGUGGGGGCAUCGUAUACCCGCAUACAGAGUAACAGUCCCUGCUCAGGAUUGUACCGCAGCGGUGUCUCGCUCGGCCCCGCGUCGGCGUCGCACGCGCACCGGACGCAAGAAGCGUGCGCGUCAACGCCCGCGACAACAAAACGCGACCAAACAAGAGGACGAGCUAUGGGUGUCUGCGCACACUGCAGAGGAGGCCCUUUCGAAGGCGGCUACAAAGUUCGGCGUGGCCGCUGACGAGAUCAAACUGAUACAGGACGAAGAUGUACUCGACACGUGGUUCUCGUCGGCGCUGUUCCCCUUCUCCAUAUUCGGGUGGCCAGACCAGACGGAAGACUUGAAGGCGUUUUAUCCUGGCUCGUUGUUGGAGACGGGCCAUGACAUCCUCUUCUUCUGGGUGGCUAGAAUGGUCUUCUUUGGAAAGCGGCUUUUAGGAAAAUUACCUUUCAAAGAGGUGUACCUCCAUCCAAUGGUGCGCGACGCCCACGGUCGGAAGAUGUCCAAAUCUUUAGGCAACGUAAUCGAUCCUAUGGACGUAGUCCAAGGGGUCACUUUAGAACAACUGCACGCGCAACUGGCGGAGUCGAACCUGGACCCGAAGGAAGUGGAGAAGGCUAAGCAAGGACAGAAGCAAGACUACCCCAACGGUAUACCGGAGUGCGGGACGGAUGCGUUAAGGUUCGCGUUGUGCGCGAUGACGCAAGGCCGCGACUUAAACCUGGACAUCCUGCGCGUGCAGGGCUACCGGUUCUUCUGCAACAAACUAUGGAACGCGGCCAAGUUUGCGCUCAUGUACUUCCCCAAGGAUAAGGUUUAUGAGGUGCUGCCGUCGUCGUUACCAAGCGAGCUAUCCCCAAUGGAUCGCUGGAUGGCUUCCCGCGUCGCGCUCGCCGUACAGAAGGUCAACGCCGGGUUCCGAACCUACGACUUCCCCGCCUCCACUGCGCACUGCUACAACCUGUGGCUGUACGACUUGUGCGACGUUUACUUGGAAUACUUGAAGCCCGUGUUCGCCCAAGGAAGCGAAUCUGAGAAGGAAGCGGCGCGGCGUACUCUCUACACCGCGCUGGAAUUUGGCCUGAAGCUGCUGAGUCCCUUCAUGCCGUUCCUCACCGAGGAGUUGUUCCAGCGGCUGCCGAGGAAGAAAGACAGUUGUCCGUCCAUCUGCGUGGCUUCAUACCCCACGGAAUCGGACGCGCCUUGGAGAUCUUUAACUCUCGAAGCGAACGUGGAUACGGUUCUCGAAAUGGUGCAUUCGAUCCGUUCCACACGGUCCGAAUACAAUCUGACCAAUAAACAGAAGACCACCGCCCAUCUCGUCAUAUCGCCAGAGUUGGACGUUACAGCUUUAAAAGGGUUGUUCCAAAACUUGCAAUCGUUAGCCAAUUCUGAGUUGGCUGACGGACAACCGCCGGUUGGCUGCUCCAUCCUCACCGUGUCGGAUAAGAUCGAAGUGCAUCUGGUGCUUAAGGGUCUCAUAGAUCCUCAGAAGGAGAUAACGAAACUAGAAAAGAAGAAAGAAACCCUGACACAGACUGUAACCAAACUGCAGCAAUCUAUGGCGGCCGAAGAUUACUCAACAAAAGUACCAGUUGAGGUACAGAAAUCCAACACUGAGAAACUUGCGCAGGCGCAAGGGGAGAUCGAACGGUUGCAGGCCGCGAUGGAAACAAUCAAGCUAAUGUGAACCUUCAAGUAAUGGACUUACGACCUUUUACGACUGUAAGAAAGUCAACGGUGUACAUUUUGUCUGUUACAUUUUGUGAGUUACUCUUACAGGUGUGUGCCAGUUUAAUUUACAAGUGUAUAAUGUACUUCUAUAAAUGAUAUUUAUUUUUCUUAGCUUAUUGAUAAUUUACUUGUAUUAUAGCUGUACUUUUUCAAUUUUCUGUUUCAUACCUUUCUUCGUCGUUUUCGCGAUUUCUCAAACCUCAUUUGGCACUCACAAGUGUAUAAUUAUUUAUUUGUUUUUGCAAUAAAAUCGCUUUAAUACUAUAA